AAAUGCUUUUUGCCAACAGAAAAUAAAAUGUAGAGAACGGGAGAAAAUAAAAAGAAUGCAAGAAAAUACAGCUGCUGAGAGGAUGGUGUUGAGAAUGGUCGAAGUUACCUUACCGACCCGUGUCUCGCCAUGUCUUCCCCUAAACCCAUCUGUUUCAAUACCAAGCGAGAAUCUUCGAAGGCAAAUAACAAAACCCAGAACACUGAAAGCAAAAUCAUUGACGAUUAGCGCUAUGGCUGCUGCUGCUGCUGCUGCUUCAGUCUCUGGAUCUUUUAAUCGAACAGUUGGUGUGCAAUUGCUGCCAGAUGAUGAAUGUUCCGAGGGUAAUAAGACACAGAGAAAAAGCAAGAAAAGGGUAUUCUUCUUGGAUGUUAAUCCGCUAUGUUAUGCCGGGAGCAAGCCCAGUUUGCAAUCUUUUGGUCAUUGGGUGUCUCUUUUUUUCUCUCAAGUCAGCCUUAGUGAUCCCGUUAUUGCUGUUCUUGAUGGGGAAAAUGGUAAUGAGCAGCGCAGACGGUUAUUACCCUCAUAUAAAGCACAUAGGAGGAAAUCCUUUGCACAACCAACAGCUUCUCAAAAAUCCAUGAGGAAUCAAGUUGGACGGUCAAAGCAAGUCAUCAUAGAUGUCCUAAAAAAAUGCAAUGUUCCGAUUGUAAAAAUUGAGGGACAUGAAGCGGACGAUGUUGUGGCUACACUUGUGGGACAAGUUUUACAAAGAGGAUACCGAGUAGUAAUUGCCUCUCCUGAUAAGGAUUUUAAGCAGUUGAUUUCUGAAGAUGUUCAAAUCGUUAUGCCUCUGGUAGAGUUAGACCGAUGGUCCUUUUAUACCAUAAAGCACUACAUUGCACAAUAUAACUGUGAUCCGCAGUCUGACUUGAGCCUUAGAUGCAUCAUUGGUGACGAGGUUGAUGGUGUUCCUGGAAUCCAACAUUUGGUUCCUGAAUUUGGUCGGAAAACUGCCUUAAAGCUUUUGAAGAAACAUGGCUCCCUGGAAAACUUACUAAAUGCAGCUGCAGUAAGAACAGUGGGAAGACAGUAUGCACAGGAGGCCCUCACAAAAUAUGCUGAUUUCCUGCGAAGGAAUUAUGAAGUUCUUUCCUUAAGGAGGUAAUCUGUCCACUCCCUAUGGGAAGAACUUGGUGGAGCCUUAACCCUCCUAAAUAGUAUUUUAUCAGUCUCUAAUUUACAGUUUCUUCCUCUUUAUUAGAUAUCUAGUCAAUCAUCUGCCUAGAUUACACUAUUCAUUUCACAGGGAUGUUGAUGUUCAAUUUCAAGAAGAAUGGUUGGCUGAAAGAGACACAUGCAAUGAUUUAGUUGUUUUGUCAAAUUUAUUUAACAGAUCAUUGGAAGAUACCCGCAAGCUUACACCACAAAAGUGGUCUACUUCCUCAAAUGGUUAAGCCAUGAGAGGUAAGUUAAACUUUUUGGUAGUGUCAAAAACCCUUUCUAGUGUUCAAUAUAUACUUGCAAAAUGCAAUAUUAACACAAACAACUCUUGGUGGCUCUUUACCUUUCUUAAGUAUAGAGAUCUGCAUUAACCUAGAAACUGUAAUGCCAUUGUGAAGUCUAAAGUCUAUCAUUCUGUUGCAUCUCCUGAUGAUGAAUACUAAGCUGGAAGACCAAAACUUGAUGUGUCCAAAUUGAUUGGAACCAACCCAACCUUUGCAUUCCAUCAGAGAGCUGUUGCAGUUUUCUGCUUGGAGUAAACCAAUUGCUUGCCCAUAAGGUUUACUUGGUUUUUCAUGUUCAUCUUUUCAUUUGCAAGAAAUCUUAUCAGAUUCUUCUAAUGCAGCGGAGAAAGCAAAUUUGUUAGUGGAUGAUUGGAAGGCAAUUACAGAAAGGAGGAAUUCCUCACUUGAAUUUAAUUGUUGAAUACUUGAAAGGCAAAUAUUCAUCAAAUGUAAUAUAUGCUGCUGUUUCCAAAUGCAUAAUGAUUCUAGUUUAAUUAAUAGAAUGAUCUCACGUUG